AUGUCUGUUCCUGCCCAGACUUCCGUUCUCAUUGUCGGCGGUGGCCCGGCUGGGUCUUAUGCUGCCACUGUCUUGGCUCGCGAAGGCGUUGAUGUAGUUUUGCUGGAGGCAGAGAAGUUCCCAAGAUAUCACAUUGGAGAGAGCAUGCUGGCUUCUAUACGCUUCUUUCUACGUUUCGUUGAGCUCGAGGAAGAGUUUGACCGACAUGGCUUCGAAAAGAAGUACGGAGCCACAUUCAAGAUUACAGAAAAGAACCCGGCUUACACUGACUUUGCCGCUUCCCUGGGCGAGGGCGGCUACUCGUGGAAUGUAGUCCGAUCCGAGUCAGAUGAGAUAAUAUUCCGCUACGCCGGCAAAUGUGGUGCCAAAACCUUUGAUGGCACCAAGGUCGAGUCGCUCACGUUUGAACCCUACCCGCACGAGGGGUUUGACGAGAGUGUCCAUCUUGCCAACCCUGGAAGACCUGUCUCGGCCAAUUGGUCCCGCAAGGAUGGGAGCUCUGGUGUCAUCAAGUUUGACUAUAUCAUCGACGGCAGUGGGCGAAACGGUCUCAUCUCCACAAAAUACCUGAAAAAUCGCUCUUUCAACCAGGGCCUCAAGAACAUUGCCAACUGGACUUAUUGGAAAGGUGCAAAGCGCUUCAAUGUCGGUGAAAAGAAUGAGAACUCGCCUCUAUUUGAGGCUCUCAAGGAUGGUAGUGGUUGGGUCUGGGCCAUCCCGCUACACAAUGAUACCAUUUCCGUUGGUGUCGUGGCACGCCAGGAUGCCUUCUUUGAGAAGAAAAAGGAGAGCGGCUUGAGUGGUGAGGCGUUCUACAAAGAAUAUCUGAAGCUCGCGCCGCAAAUCAAGAACGAGUUGCUCCGCGAUGCCACGAUUGUGUCCGACAUCAAACAGGCAACGGACUGGUCGUACAGUGCCUCGGCAUACGCAGGACCAAACUUCCGUCUGAUUGGAGAUGCCGGGUGCUUUGUUGACCCUUACUUCUCGUCGGGAUGCCACCUGGCCAUGACAUCUGCGCUGUCGGCCAGUGUGUCUAUACAGGCAGUCCGGCGAGGACAGUGCGACGAAUUGACCGGGGCCAAGUGGCACACCACCAAAGUCGCCGAGGGCUAUACGCGGUUCUUGCUACUUGUCAUGACGGUGCAGCGCCAGCUACGCAUGAAAGAUAAAAACAUCAUUUCCACCGACGAAGAAGAGGGUUUCGACAUGGCCUUCAAGAAGAUCCAGCCAGUCAUUCAAGGCGUGGCCGAUACUCGGACGGAAGAUGAACAGACGCAGAGGAGGGCAGCAGAAGCCGUCGACUUCUCGCUCGAAAGCUUUGAGAUCACGCCAGAAAAGCAGGCCGCUGUGAUUAGCAAGAUUGAACGAUCCCAAGCCGAGCCCGAGUUGCUUGAAAAGCUGACCCCGGAAGAAGUGCACAUCCUCGGCAACAUUGUGAACCGCACCUUUGAGCGCGAAAAGGAUGAGCUCAAUCUGACGCACUUUACUGGCGACAUGAUUGACGGGUACUCGGCCAAGCUUGAGCAUGGGAACAUUGGUCUAUACAAGCGUGAAAAGGCGUUGCUCAAUGGCACAGCUUCACGAGCUGCCGCGGUGCUCAAGAGCAUCCAUCAAGUAGCCUAA